UGCCAUUUGGUUUUGUAGCAGAUGGAUGGGAGAAAGGUAUGGACAGAGCCACCGUGAUGGAAGAAUUAGCCAUGCAUCUGCCGCCUACCGCGGAAAGACCACAGAGGAAGAAAACAGGCUGCGCAACUUCAUGCGCACAGGCUCUCCUAAUGGUCCUGGCCUGGUGCACUGGCCUCUCUAUGAUGCCAGCAACAAGUACCUGAACCUGGACCUGCAGCAGAGUGAGGGGCAGGACCUGAAGAAGGACAGAGUGCAGUUCUUCAAGAAGCUCGCUGCAAAGAAAACACAACUGCAAGAGCAAUAGUGAUGACAGUAGAAGACAGAGUGCAGUAGAAGUCAGAGUGAGCAGUGU